AUGCUUUUCUUCCCUCUCAAACUGAGUGCCAUUUGGGCGGUUGGCUCGGCAGCCUUGUCCUCAAAUUCCUCGGGAUAUCACCAGCCAACCUCAAAAGGCUUCCGUAUGCAACAUGGAUUCGAGACUGUUCUAGUCCAGCCAUUUGGAUACGAUGGCUUUCGUGUACGCGCUUGGCCAUAUCGUCCACCGACCGGUGGAGAAAUCGGGUUUGUCUAUGACCCUCCACUCGAAGGCCCAGAAGGCGACCAAGAACGCGGAAUGUCUUUCGAUACUGCAUUCAAGGGAAAUCAAUCGGUAGAGAUGCGCAACGGCAACAUUGUCGUCCGUACAUCAGGAUGGGGUGGUAACCCCGGUGGUUAUCGUCUGGCUUUCUAUCGGGUUGAAGGCAAUGGUACAGAAACUCUGCUCACCAACGAGUAUGCACCCCUCAAGUCUAUAAACCCGCGAUACUACUCCUGGACUGGACCUGGAAGUGAAUUUGCAGCCGAGUUUUCAUUCUCGACUACGCCAGACGAGCAAAUAUAUGGAACGGGUACCCAGCAGGAUCACAUGGUGAACAAAAAGGGGGCUACCAUUGAUCUCAUCAACUUCAAUACCCACAUCCCCACACCCUUGUUCAUGAGUAACAAGGGCUACGGUUUUGUUUGGAAUAUGCCUUCAACCGGUCGUAUGGAGUUCUCUCCCUUGAGAAAUCGCUUCACGUCUGAUUCCGCGACGGUGGUCGACUAUUUCAUUGUGUCCGCUACUCCGGGUGACUAUGAUAUUCUCCAGCAGCGUCUUUCGGCACUGACUGGUCGCGCGCCCCUGCCUCCUGACUGGUCACUUGGGUACAUUCAAUCGAAGCUGCGAUACGAAAACCAAACAGAGAUAGAACUUCUCGCUGAGGACUUCCAAAAGCGUGAUAUUCCCGUAUCAAUGAUUGUCAUAGAUUAUCAGUCGUGGGCUCACCAAGGAGAUUGGGGUCUAGACCCUCGCCUCUGGCCACGCGUCGCAGAGAUGUCAGCAAAGGUGAAGAAUCUCACCGGUGCAGAGAUGAUGGCAUCUUUGUGGCCCAGUGUCGCUGAUAACAGCUUAAAUUAUGAGGAGAUGAUGGCCCAAGGAUAUCUCUCAGCUACUCGAUCUGGCCCUGGAACAACAGACUCAUGGAAUGGGUCCUACAUUCGCAACUACGAUUCGACAAAUCCUGGCGCCCGGCAAUUCCUGUGGGAUACAUUGAAGCGCAACUACUAUGACAAGGGUAUUAAGAACUUCUGGAUUGACCAGGCUGACGGAGGCGCACUUGGCGAGGCUUACGAAAACAACGGCCAAAGCACAUACAUUCAGUCUAUUCCCUUUGCUGUACCUGAUGUCCUGUAUGCUGCAGGAACUCAAAGUAGCGUGGGAAAGUUGUACCCUUGGGCUCAUCAGCAAGCAAUCGAAGAGGGCUUCCGUAAUGCCACAUCCAGUGAAAUGGGCACGGCCUGUGACCAUGUCUCCCUCAGUCGCUCAGGAUACAUUGGAUCUCAACGCUUCUGUAGCAUGAUCUGGUCUGGCGACACCACUGCAGUAUGGGAAACACUCAGCGCACAAGUGGCCACAGUCCUAUCUGCAGCUGCAUCCGGCUGGGGAUGGUACACUGUUGAUGCGGGCGGCUUUCAAGCCGACCCCACAGUUUGGUGGAGUGCGAAUAUCGAUACAACCGAGUAUCGCCAACUAUAUGCUCGCUGGUUACAGUGGUCAACAUUCUUGCCUUUCAUGCGAACACAUGGUUCUCGGGCUUGCUACACCCAAGAUGCCUACACAUGUGCCAAUGAGCCAUGGUCAUAUGGCGAAGAAAAUACUCCCACAAUCGUCUCCUACAUCAAGCUCCGUUAUCAACUAGCCCCAUACCUGCGAGCCAUCUUUUCUGAGUUCCAUCGCACUGGUCGUAUGAUAAUGCGCCCACUUUUCAUGGAUUUCCAAAGCUCGGAUGCUCAUAUUGCCGAGUUGACCCGUAGCAACACGAAUGAAACAACACAACAAUACAUGUUUGGGCCACGGUUGCUAGUCACUCCGGUGACUCUUCCAAAUGUGACGAAAUGGCCUGUUUACCUUCCACAGACUGCCAGUAACGAGAGCAAACCUUGGACUUACUGGUGGACCAACCAAACCUAUGCAGGAGGGCAAACAGUGACGGUUCCGGCACCGGUUGAACACAUCCCUGUUUUCCACCUUGGAUCUCGGGCAGACAUUUUGAGUGGGCAGGUGUUUUCUUAA